AUGAAUGAGCCCAUUGAAGAAUGGGCUAAUCCCAAGGAGGUGAAGCCAACAGUUAAUAUGCUCAAUUGCCUGCAGAAGGCUGAGCUCCUCACCAUCCAUUGCGCAGGUGGGCGUCCAUCGGCCUGCGACAUGUCCACACGGAAGGAUGCCAUCAUUACCGACAUCGUCCGCAACUGGGACGUCAUCAUUGAUGCCAUCGCUCACCGCUACAGUGAACCCCAAGAGUCAGAAAGCGAGCUUUCGGUGGAUGAGACCGGCAACAUCUCGCCCAUGUCCGACCCUGAUGCUACAUAUUACAAUUUUUGGGAGCUCUCCGACGCCUACGUCAACGACGCCUCUGACUUUGAAGAGGACGAGCUUUGCAAGCAGUUUGAUACUCAGAAGACUUCCUCCAUCAUCUUGAAGGUCAAUGUCUUUGAGCCCAAGGGGGAAAAGAAGCUCUUCUCCCUGUUCCUCAGUGACGCCUACAUCAGCUUUGCAGAGCUCAAAACCCUGAUGGUGAACAAGAUUUCCACCUUCAAGGGCGCUGACCCAGAGCACCAUCUCCAGGAGACCGACUUCAAGCUCUCUUGCAACGGUGUGCCCGUCAGCGAUGAGAUGACCAUUGCAAACCAUCUGAGCUGGGGAAACAAUGAGAUUGACUUGUGCAUCUCCCUUGUUCUUCGUGGGGGCGGAGGGUUGGUCAUCAAGCACACGAACAAAGACAAGGGCAUCAUGGAGUUGAAGAAGCGUGCCAAGUUGUCAGCCCCUCCCAAGGAAGACAUUGACGAAGCGGUCACCAUGCCCCCGGAGUUUAUCCAAUAUGUUGAGCACUACACUUCCAAAAUCCAGCAGGUCAAAGUCCUCUUUGGUCAGGACAUCCCUGUGUUGAAGUAUGCCCUCAAAGCCAUUUCCUCUCAGGACUUGGAAACAUGCAGGGUCAUCUUGAACACUCGCAUUCGUGGAGGCCGUGGCGAUGACAGCUAUACCAAGUUCAAGCGCGCCAUGUGCAUCAUCUACCCUCUGCUCACAUCCAUGGAGGAGAGCACUAAGCGCAUCAUGAAUGACCUCAAGGACUUCCACCGGUUCUUUGUGGAGCGCUUCAUUGAGACCUAUGCCCAGCAUGCUGAUGGCAUUACAAGGUUGGACACGGCGACUCUCUUGAACGAAGUCAUUGCUGAGCUUGAGAACCGCCGUACCGGAGAAAUUCCGCAAUCCGUUCAGCAGACCUGCAUCAUCUGCUGA